GUAGUUUGUGAGUUGCCGCACGCCUGGCGCAAUACAAUCUCUCCGUAAACUCUCCACAUGGAGAGAAUACGAUUUGACAGCUUUGACACAUCGACUCAAUAAGCAAGAAACGUCAUUGUUUACAUCUUUAUAUUUUGCAUCAUUUUUGUGUUUUUGACAUGUUCAUUCACUCUCGCUUUUUUUACUGAAAAAAGUUAUUGUCUUUUGCUAUUUUUACAAUCGACUCGAUAAUUAAUCUGUUGAUUUUUUUCAAAGUUAAAUAUGUGGGGGUAACGUGUUCGGAAUAAUACACAAAUGGAUAUACAAAACAGCAAUGGGAAGCACAUUCAAGUGAGUUUACCCAUGAAUAUUGCGCAGGAACAAUAUGUUUUCACGGAUCAUUACAAAUCAUUCGAUCCGAACAUGUGUUCGGCGGCUGAGUACAGUCCACCACCACCAGCCACCAAUUCAAAUAGUCAACAAACGGCAGUCAUCACACCUUUUCAUACGAUUGCAUCGAAUUUUAAUGAGCUGCCCAAUCAAAAUUCGGAAAUUGCGCUGGUUUCUGCAUCCGAAGUACCAAGCAACUGCAUCACCUACAGCAAUGUCAUAUUUGUGCCGACAAUAGCGAACAAUGAAAAUCAGCUGGACCAAAUGGGAGGCACGAUCGAAUUGGUAAAGCAUGAAUCAGACGUGUCUGGAGCUGGAAUCAACGAUUCGCAAUCAUUCAAAUAUAUUGUGUCUUCUGAGCCGCGCUUUGUAAAUACUUUUAUACGAACCAAUGAUAUCGAUAAUACGGCUACAGUUUUGAGCAAUGAUUCGAGUGGUGCGUUUAUUGGCCAACCGAUUACAAAUGUUCCACAGAUCGAUGAGAGCAAUUUAAUUGUGAAUUCCAUUCCGGAUGAAGCCAACCAAAUCCAUCAGCACUUGAACAAUGUUGAAUCAAUCGACCAGAAUCAGAUCACCGUCCAAAUGCACACAGGCAACGACCAAGAAGUGUUGAUGCAAGAUGAAAAUGGACAACUUUAUCGACAAGUGCAGAAUAUCCUAAUCAACGGAGCUUCAAUGUGUCCAAGUGAACUGUUGCCCAUCCUGUCGGCGCCAGUCGAUCUAGGUGACCCGGACUAUGUCGACAAUCAGCUGCAAAGUAUUAGCAGGAUACAGAAUUCAUUCAAUCAGCGAGAAAAUUCAUUGCAUGAAAUUCCCUUUCAAAUCCCGGUGAAUUUCGUAUCAAAUUCAGAGCCAACCGAAACAAUGCCAGUCACUUCAAAAUCUAUCGAUACAAAUCUGGAUAUGCAACAAGUUGAAUUCAUUUUUAACAGUUACAAAAAUACCCAUGCAAAUCAAAUUGAUACAAACCAAUAUGGAACUGAACAAGGCAUUUUGAAUAGCAAUACGAACUAUCAGCAAAAUACAUCAAUGCAAUCGAACAACGAUUCUGCCAAUCAACAGAGAAAUUUGCUUGAGAGCACUAUGUCAACGCUAUUGGCUGCCGUGAACGACAUAACGGCUCGUGAUGAACAGUUCCAACAAUAUCUGAAUACGAGCAAAAGUGUUCCAGACCACAGUUUGGAUUAUUACUCCGCAUCGCAAGUUGAGAAUAUACCACAAUCGAUUUAUACCAGCCCAACGACUAAAAACCCAUCGGAAUGUGCAAAAGAGAUGCCAAAAACUUUUUCUCUUGGACCAAUUUCAAACGAACUCUUCUCAAAUAGCUGUGAUUCGCCGAUAAAUGAAUUUGUUGACAUCAACGAUAUGGAAAUCAUCAAGAAAAAUGUGCAAAGCCAACAGGGUAGAAAUGUUAUAGUGAGACGAUCGCGACGAAGGAAAACUACAAAGCGAAAAGACGAUGCAUUGCUAGUUGUGGAUAAAUUUGUACCAAGUCGGGCUCUAGCUACCUUGCCAACAUCUUAUUUGUACUUUGAGAACAGCCUUGAAGCCAACCGAUCAAAACAAUCCGUAUUUGCAAAGCGGGAAAUUCCGUUGGAUAUGAAAUUCGGACCGUUUGUAGGAGACACCAAAACACUAAAUAAACAUGAAAUCAAAAUGUACAGGGAAACAAAUCAAAAUAAUCCGUUGCUAUUUUUAAGUCACAACUCGGUAUUGGAUGUCUCAAAUGAAAAUACGUCAAACUGGAUGCGUUUUGUGCGACUGGCUACGAAGCACCGCGAACAAAAUCUUCUACUAUGUGUUAUAAACUCUCAACUCUAUUUCAAGUGUUGUAAGUCUAUUGUUGCAAAGCAGGAGUUGCGUGUUGGAUAUAGCAAGGAGUACGCGCAUAAGUACCAUCUGAAUCAAUUAAUCGCAGAGAAACCAGAAAAACCCACUGAAUAUCUCUGUAUAAAAUGUGAUGAACGAUUUUGCAACAAUGAACAACUAAAAAAUCAUCAAAACGAACAUAAAACGAACAAUACAAAGCCCCCCGUGCAGUCAGUGCCUCGAACUACACCAAUAAAAAACAAUGACUCAACUAUAUCUCCAAAUAAGAGCAAAGACCGAUUAAACACCGGUGCAAUUCGAAUGCGAAAACUAGCCCUAUCAAAACUAUCACGCACUUCAGGGCCGACAGUUCGAUACGCGUGUUGCUAUUGCAGUAAAGUCUUUUCGAAAUUUCUAAACUACAAAAAGCAUACGAAUAUCGUGCAUUCGGUUGACAUCGAACACAAAAGAGUGAAAGUCGAUGCACAACACAAACGAUUGACCGUCGAAGAUUCCGUGAUGAAAAAGGAGCCCAUAAAGGAAAAUGAGAGCGAGAAUAUUGAUGCCAAACAGUGGUUUGUUUGUCAAACGUGCCAGCGACACUUUGUAACAGCUAAGAAACUUGAGAAACAUCACCUUUCAAACUGCAGUGAUAAGGAAUCGAUGGCCGUUCAAUGCCACAUUUGCUUGAAGCAUCUACAAACCCCGUCGGCAUUGAGCAUGCAUAUUAAAACGCAUAAUUCACCAAGUGGAAUUUGCAUAUGUCCGUUCUGUUCGCAAAGAUACCAAAGCACAAUCGUAUUUAAGGAACAUGUAAAAAGUCAUAUGACCAAUGGGACGUAUAAAUGCCCACAUUGCACAAAAGAUUUUCCAAAAUACUCAUCGGUUCGGAAACACAUUCGAAUAAACCACUCAACCGUUCGAUUUGUGUGUCAUGAAUGCGGCAAAGACUUUAAGUCGAAAUAUAAAUUGAAAGAACAUUCGCUGAGUCACUCUGACGUUAGAGAAUUCUCUUGUGAUGACUGUGAUAAACAAUUCAAAAGAAAAGAUAAACUCCGUGAGCAUAUUCUGCGAAUUCAUGCCAAAAAAAGUUUUUCAAGGAAUAGCAAAAAAUUCAAAACAAAUAUCAAAGGCGAAUCUUUGGAGACAUCACGCGAUGAGGCACCAGCAGAAGAUUAUGCCAACGAUGAAGAUCUACUUUUAACUGAGGAAAAAGACUGUACCGUGCAAUGGAGUUCAAAAUCGAUGCAAUCGGAUGAUGAACUGCCAGAUGUGGAUUCAACAGAGGCUUCAAGUAAGCCAAGGUUCAAGCCAAAAGUGCCACCAACCGAUUACGAACGAUUUAUAUACAAAUGUCAAGAUUGUAUGCUUGGGUUCAAGCGACGCGGAAUGCUAGUAAAUCACAUGGCCAAACGACAUCCGGAGAUUCGUAUUGAUUCAAUACACGAACUGAAUUUACCGAUUCUAAAAACAGAGCGUUGUUUCUAUUGUCAAUACUGUGAAAAAUCGUACAAAAGUAGUUCAAAGCGCAAGGCACACAUCCUGAAAUAUCAUCCAGGACAACAAUUACCGGUGUCAACACGGUAUAAAAAUGAAGAAAGCGAGAAUGCUCUAGAGCAGAAUCCAUCAUUCAUAGCGAAUAUUGGUAGCAUUACAACCCAUGCUCACCAGUGCAAAUGGUGCUACAGACAGUAUGCAUCGCGAAGUCGACUACUUCAACACAAACGAAAAGAUCACAGCAAAGAAAUUGAAGAUUCGUACAAACACAAACAGAAUGAUUAUUUCAAGGAUUUGAACAUGAUAAUGGAUUCACACUUCCAACCAUCUCAAAUGCAAAUAAACCAGAGCAUUGACGACUAUACAAUGAAAUUCAACGAGAUGCACGACAACGAAUCACAUCGAUUCCAUCACAUUGGGUAUGAGCCGGAAAAUCGGUUGCUAGAAUUGUCAUCGGCUGCACUUGAAUCAUUCAAAGACGACUAUUCAUUUUUGAGCGAUAGCGAUGUGCAUACGGAAGCAAUGGAACAUUCAAACAUAGGUGGUUCAAGAGUUGAUGUCAAUUUCAAAAUGGUUGGUGAUGAAUUUGGACAAGAAAGUUCCAACUGUGAUCUAAAUAGUCUACCGCAAUUGUUUGAAGAAAUCGAUUGUAUGUCAUUGAAGCCUAGCCAAUUUGCUCCGAACAGUUCAACGCAAAUCGAUGGCAGCAUCGAAAAACUCAGCUAUAACAAAUAGCAUGUGAUUGACAUUUGAAUUUUGAAUAAAUCUAAUAAUUUAAUUAUGAA